AUGACGACUCCCUCAGAGGCAGAUCUGAUCCAGGUCGCUAACAAUCUGCUCCAUCCGCAUGGCCUGCAAGUGGGAUCCUGUAAGGUACUGCAGAGCUUGUGGGCUGGAUACGGAGUCACUGCCCGGAUCAAUGCCACACCGUGCCCUGCACCCCAGGGCGGACUCGCGAGGACUUUGAUUCUGAAGUAUAUCUCUCCACCCUCCGGGCGGGAACACGAUGAGGGUCAUUUCCGCAAAGUAAUCUCGUAUCAAGUCGAGAGGCAUUUCUAUGAGCAUCUCGCAGAGGAAUUGCCGGGAGAGAUUGCGAUCGCGGAGUGUCUGGGCAGCUGCGCGGUGGGAGGAGAGGGUGUGGCGCUUCUGUUGGAGGAUUUGGGGGAGAGCUUCCGAGUCGCGGGCGAGAAGAGAGGUGUGCUGAACGCGACGCAGGUCCGAGCGGCGGUGAGGUGGCUGGGUGAGUUUCAUGGGUUCUGGUGGGGGAGAGUGGCGAACGAAGGGACUCGGGAAGAGAUGAGGAGGCCGCCGUUGGAGGAAGCGAAGAUGGCCGGCGAGAGAGAUGGAGUGUGGUUGAACGGAGGGUAUACCUACCUGGCAACGCGACGGAAAGAAUACGACUCGCUCCGAGGAGACUCCAGCUCCGAAUGGUCCGAGAGGCUAUGUUUACCUCUUCCGCAGGCCCAGGGGAGGAGUAUCACCGAGCUUGUGGCUCAGGUCCUGGCUCCCUCUCCCAAACCAUCAUCCCAAUCGCGCAUCGCCAAGUAUGAGACGCUCAUUCACGGGGAUGUCAAGUCCGAGAACCUAUUCACCACGCUCUCGGGCCACGAGGUCGCAUUUUUCGACUUUCAAUACGUGGGCCUGGGCCUCGGAGUGUGCGACCUGGCCAAGCUCUUCACCUGCUCCGUUCCAAUUUCCAUGCUCUGCACGGCGUCGGAUCCCAUGCCGCAUGCAUUAGAUCUGGACGCGGGAGAACGGGAGCUCUUGCAUGCGUAUCGAAAAGCCAUCGAUCCGAAAGGGAAGAUGUACCCAUCACAGGAGCUGGAAAGGCAUUGGCAGACGGCACUGGUCGACUGGCUGAGGUUUCAGGCGAGUUGGGGAUUCUGGGGGAAUACGGCAUGGUUGGAAGCGAGGGUGAGGUUCAUUCUCCAGGACGAAGGGUGGAGACGGUGGGUGCUGGACGCGGCGGUGGGAGAAGAGGCAUGUGGCUAG